AUGUCAUUCGACUUCUUCUGGCCUUUCAAGGCCAACUUUAUUCUCUUCCUUGUUUCCGUCUUCUUAUUUGCUUUGGCUUCUGCCAAUCCUAAAGCUGCUCCCUAUCCCAAAGCCGGACCCUUCAGAAGAAGUCCCCAAACUGCCGCACAAGAUUGCACGGUCGCAUGUCAAAACAAAUACACGGAGUGCAUUAGUGGUACCACCAGCUAUGGCUAUAAUGACGUAUCAGCUCAAAAUGAAUGUCAAGUUAAAGUUACAAAAUGUUAUGCCCAUUGUAAUAAGAAGGAUAAUACUUAUGCUACAUAUUGA